AUGCGGCGCCUGUCUCGCCGCCUGGUGCUGCCGAUCUUCGGGGUGCUCUGGAUCACCGUACUGCUGUUCUUCUGGGUAAACAAGAACAAGUUGGAGGUGUCGAAGGUACCUGAAGUGCAGCCCACCAAGAUCUUGGAUGCUGACUGGGAUGACCUGUGGGACCAGUUCGAUGAGCGGCGGUAUCUGAAUGCCAAAAAGUGGCGCGUGGGUGACGAUCCCUAUAAGCUGUAUGCUUUCAACCAGCGGGAGAGCGAGCGGAUCGCCAGCAACCGGGCCAUCCCGGAUACUCGCCAUCUGAGGUGCACGCUGCUGAUGUACUGCAGGGACCUGCCUCCCACCAGCAUCAUCAUCACCUUCCACAACGAGGCCCGCUCCACCCUGCUCAGGACCAUCCGCAGCGUAUUAAACCGCACCCCUAUGAAUCUGAUCAAGGAAAUCAUAUUAGUGGAUGACUUCAGCAAUGACCCUGGUGACUGCGAAGAGCUCAUCAAGCUGCCCAAGGUGAAAUGCCUACGCAAUGACCAGCGGCAAGGUCUGGUCCGGUCCCGGAUCCGAGGCGCUGAUGUUGCCCAGGGCACCACUCUGACUUUCCUCGACAGCCACUGUGAGGUGAACAGGGACUGGCUCCAGCCACUGCUGCACAGGGUCAAAGAAGACUACACGCGGGUGGUGUGCCCCGUGAUCGAUAUCAUCAACCUGGACACCUUCAGCUACAUCGAGUCGGCCACGGAGCUCAGGGGGGGGUUUGACUGGAGCCUCCACUUCCAAUGGGAGCAGCUCUCCCCAGAACAGAAGGCUCAGCGCCUGGACCCCUCGGAGCCCAUUAGGACUCCCAUCAUAGCUGGAGGGCUCUUCGUGAUGGACAAAUCCUGGUUCAAUUACCUGGGGAAGUAUGACAUGGACAUGGACAUCUGGGGUGGGGAGAACUUUGAAAUGUCCUUCAGAGUGUGGAUGUGUGGGGGCAGCCUAGAGAUCGUCCCCUGCAGCCGAGUGGGACACGUCUUCCGGAAGAAGCACCCAUACGUUUUCCCGGACGGAAACGCCAACACGUAUAUAAAGAACACCAAACGGACAGCUGAAGUGUGGAUGGAUGAAUACAAGCAGUACUUUUAUGCUGCCCGGCCGUUUGCCCUGGAGAGGCCCUUCGGAGACAUUGAGAGCAGAUUGGACCUGAGGAGGAAUCUGCGGUGCCAGAGCUUCAAGUGGUACCUGGAGAAUGUCUACCCAGAACUCAGAGUCCCCAAGGAUUCCUCCAUCCAGAAGGGCAAUAUCCGACAGCGGCAGAAGUGCCUGGAGUCUCAAAGGCAGAAAAACCAGGAGAUCUCCAACCUCAAGUUGAGGCCCUGUGUCAAGAUCAAAGGCGAGGAUGCCAAGUCCCAGAUCUGGGCCUUCACAUACACCCAGCAGAUCAUCCAGGAAGAGCUGUGCCUGUCCGUCAUCACCUUCUUCCCUGGAGCCCCGGUGGUUCUCGUCCUUUGCAAGAAUGGAGAUGACAAACAGCAAUGGACCAAGACUGGCUCCCGCAUCGAGCACAUGGCCUCUCACCUCUGCCUAGACACAGACAUGUUUGGUGAUGGCACUGAGAACGACAGGGAAGUCGUUGUCAACCCGUGCGAGUCCUCACUCAUGAGCCAGCACUGGGACAUGGAGAGCCAUUGA